AGUUACUGUGAGUGCUUAUGAGUGACCUGCUUUGCAACUUUUUAAAAUAUUUUUCACCUGUUAGAGAUAAGUACCAAAUGUGCGCAUCAUUGAAGGGGUGCUGUGUGUGUCUGCACAUGGCUCAUGUACAAGUUACAUUGAUGAAGUUUGUGUUUUUGAGACAUGUGAGCACACGAGUCAGUGCAUGGGAGGAGAGUCCUCCAGAGCCCUGUGGUGUGUGUCGACCCUCUUCAAAGCCUCUUGCUGCUUGUUGCUUUGGAGACUUUUUGUUGCUUUCCUGAUCGCCUGAAAGGCGGAGCAGCCGCACCACAAACUAUUUGUCGCUGGCUGAUACCGCGAAGCUGGAAGUAAUCCCUGAGGAGGACGACGUGAAGGGACGUACGUGAAAGUGAGUCACUUCGAGCCGCUCAAUGAGACUUGAGCCGAAGACUCUGUCUUACCAGGCAGACAGGAAGAUAAAGACACAUCUGUCCUGAAUCAGACCCGGUGGACGUCUCUCUGCAAUCGGAUCUUAUUUGGAUCCAGUGAGCAUCAAAUAUGACCUCUCACCUGACCUUACCAGGCUCCACAUCAGUUUCUCCAGCUGCAGAGCGUCUUCGCCACAUCCUGGGUGAGGAUGACGCCGUCCCAACACCAACCAUCUUCACUGAGAUGGACACUCUGCAACACGAUGGAGAAGAGCUGGAAUGGAAAGAGUCUGCCAGGUGGGUGAAGUUUGAGGAGAAGGUGGAGGAGGGCGGAGAAAGAUGGAGCAAGCCUCACGUCUCCACGCUGACCCUCCAUAGUCUGUUUGAGCUCCGGACCUGCCUGCAGACGGGAAGCAUUCUGCUGGACCUGGAGGGCUACUCACUGCCUCAGAUAGUGGAGGAGAUUGUGGAUCGCCAAAUAGCCGACGGUCUCGUUCCUCCGGAUCUGAAGGAGAAGAUCAUCUUCGUGUUGCUCAGAAAGCAUCGUCACCAGACCAAGAAACCAAUCCAUCGCUCACUGGCAGACAUUGGAAAGUCCUCCAACCCCCCCUCCAACCGCAGUCCUCAGGUUAAUCUGACUCGUAGUACCAGCUCAGCUUCCGGGAUCCAUCGCUCCACCGAAGACCUACGCUCUCGGCAGUCAAGCAGCCUUGGCGGCCUGCAUCCUGCCCAGAGCCGAAGCAUGAAUGAUAUUUCAGACACACCGAGUACCGACCAGCUGAAGAAUAAGUUCAUGAAGAAGAUUCCUCGCGAUGCAGAAGCUUCCAACGUGCUGAUCGGUGAGGUGGACUUUCUGGACAAGCCGUUUGUCUCCUUUGUCCGCCUGGCUCAAGCCACCACUCUGGGAGGCCUCACUGAGGUUCCUGUGCCAACCAGGUUCCUCUUCAUCCUGCUGGGCCCUCAAAGCAAAACUAAGUCCUACAAUGAAAUCGGCCGAGCCAUCGCGACUCUGAUGGUGGACGAUCUGUUCAGUGAUGUCGCCUACAAAGCGCGGGACCGUGAUGACCUGAUUGCAGGAGUUGAUGAGUUCCUGGAUGAGGUGAUUGUCCUCCCCCCAGGGGAAUGGGACCCCAAAAUACGCAUUGAACCUCCAAAGAAGGUUCCAUCAGCAGAAAUGAGGAAGUCCGUGCUCAACCUGAACGAGCUGGGCCAGAUGAACGGCUCGGCUGGUGGAGCCGCUGGUGGGGAAGACGAUGAACUUCCUGUUCAGCAUGAAGUGGGAGAAGAGCUGAAGUUCACUGGGAGAUUUUGCGGUGGCCUGUGGCUGGACAUCAAAAGAAAGAUCCCCUUUUACUGUAGCGAUAUCUACGAUGGCUUCCAUAUCCAAUCCAUCUCUGCAGUGCUCUUCAUCUACCUGGGCUGCAUUACCAACGCAAUCACCUUCGGUGGACUGCUGGGAGACGCUACGGACAAUUACCAGGGAGUGAUGGAGAGUUUUCUUGGCACUGCUCUGGCAGGAACCGUCUUCUGUUUGUUCGGCGGACAGCCUCUCAUCAUCCUCAGUUCAACCGGACCCAUUCUCAUCUUUGAAAAACUGCUUUAUGAGUUCAGCAAGAACAACAGCAUAGACUACAUGGAGCUGCGGCUGUGGAUCGGUCUGCACUCGUGCCUGCAGUGCUUUCUGCUGGUGGUUUCUGACGCCAGCUACAUCAUCAAAUACAUAACCCGCUUCACAGAAGAGGGCUUCUCCAGCCUCAUCUCCUUCAUCUUCAUCUCGGACGCCAUUAAGAAGAUGGUCGGAGCCUUUAAGUACUACCCAAUCAACCGCGGCUUCAAGGCAGAUUAUGUUACAUCCUACAAGUGUGAAUGCGUGGCCCCGGACCAGGCAUCUGUUCUGGGUUUCAACGUUUCAGCUCCCAUGUCAGAUGAUAACAUGACUCUGCUGUUUAACCUGACAGACCUGGACUGGAGUCAGCUGAGUAAGAAAGAGUGUGUGAAGUAUGGUGGAGUGUUGAUGGGGAGCUCCUGUAAGUAUGUCCCCGACCUGGCCCUGAUGUCCCUCAUCCUCUUCAUCGGCACCUACUCCAUGACCGUUUCUCUGAAAAAGUUCAAGUUCAGCCGCUACUUCCCAACAAAGAUGAGGAAGCUCAUCAGUGACUUUGCCAUCUUCAUGUCAAUCAUGUCCUUUGUGGGUCUGGAUAUGUUGAUGGGCUUAGACACACCCAAACUAAUCGUUCCAACAGAGUUCAAGCCCACGCGUUCGGACCGUGGUUGGUUCGUGCUUCCGUUCGGUCAGAACCCGUGGUGGUGGUACCUGGCCAGCUUUGUUCCGGCUCUCCUCGUCACCAUCCUGAUCUUCAUGGACCAGCAGAUCAGCGCCGUCAUCGUCAACCGCAAGGAAAACAAGCUGAAGAAAGGCUGUGGGUACCACCUGGACCUGUUCUGGGUGGGUGUGCUGAUGGCUGUGUGUUCCUUCAUGGGCUUACCCUGGUAUGUUGCUGCCACCGUCAUCUCCAUCGCCCACAUCGAUUCUCUGAAGAUGGAGAGCGAAUGCAGCGCCCCUGGAGAGCAGCCGCAGUUCCUGGGAGUCAGGGAGCAAAGGCUGACAGGCAUUCUGGUGUUUGUGCUGACUGGACUCUCAGUCUUCCUCGCUCCCGUCCUUCAGUAUAUCCCAAUGCCAGUCCUGUACGGAGUCUUCCUUUACAUGGGAGUGGCAUCACUGAGUGGUAUUCAGUUCUGGGAACGCAUCAAGUUGUAUCUGAUGCCGCCCAAACACCAGCCGGACUUUUCCUUCCUCCGCCACGUCCCCCUGAGACGCGUCCAUCUCUUCACACUUGUCCAGAUCGUCUGUCUGGCUGUCCUCUGGAUCCUCAAGUCCACCUUCCUGGCCAUAAUCUUCCCAGUCAUGAUCCUGGGUCUGAUGGUUGUACGAAAGCUACUGGACCUGAUGUUUUCACAACAUGACCUGGCCUGGCUGGACGACAUCCUGCCGGACAAAGACAAGAAGAAGAAAGAGGAUGACAAGAAGAAAAAGAAAGAGAAAAAGAGCGUUGAGCCGGAGAGCGACGAGGAGUUCAUCAGUCUGUCUUCAGUGAAGAUUCCGAUGGAGGCCAUAGGCCCCCAAACAGAGUCAGACCCCACCCAGGUUAACCCCUGCAUUAAAAACCAAACCUCUGAGAGAUGAAUCCUUAUUCAACAGUCACGUCGGAUCAAAAUGAACUAGACCGCAGCAUCACUCUGCACCUGAAGAUCUCCUGCCCCCCGUCG